AUGCUGGAAAUUGAUGUGGCACUGCCUCACCUGGAGAGGUGCAGUAAAUCAGAGGAUAUCUGUCAGGUAGGGGGAGGGGGAGGAGUGGUAGUAACGUUUCACAAUGGAGUCCAAGGAGAAGGUUUCUCUCCUCACAAUGGACGCCUUCCCAACACAAUCAGCCGACUUAGAAAGAGCUGCCAUUACGGUGCUCGAACAGCUGACUGCUAGUGAGUGGUUUUGUCCAUCUCUUUUAUGUUAUGAAGUUUUCAUUAUGCUGUUGACAGUGUUCUUGUUGUUGUCUACCGGCUGUUAAGAAAGUAGGUUAGUUCAACAGCCUUAGAUUACUUGCUGUGAUGUGAUGUGUCCAUUCACUGUAAUGCUAGGUCAGAAACAGUCCUCAACCCGUCAGCUGCCGAAACAGAGAGACAGACAGACCAAUGGCCCCACUCUGCUUUGGUUGUUGUUGGUUUUUCAUAGAUAAACAACAUUAUUCAUUGUACAGCUGUCCCAGAGGCCUAAUAGAACAUAAUGAGGGUCAAUGGGACAGAGCACAGAGGAUUUCAUACUGGUUGCAUCGGCUACAUGACACAAGCCCUUUGGGUGUGAAGUUGUUGUCCUGUGCAUUCCUAGAGGGAGAGGAGGCGAUUGGACAAGAAGCUAAUCAAGGCCAAAACAUUGUAGUCUCUUUGUAAAUCACGUUUUCCAGCAACACCACAUUAGAGUCCCUAAGGGCAAUAAAUCCUUAUUGGUUUAAUUAGACUAUAACCACAGUAACCAUGUGAGGCUGUGAAAUCUCUGAUCUACUAAGAUACUUAAAUUAAUUUUGAAAUGAUUCAUAGCCUGUUGUUUGAAUGUGCCAUACUGAACUAUGAAUAAAACCACAGAACCUGCAUUGUUUCCCAGGACGAAUGUUAGUCAAUAAAGGUAAUUGAAAGUGCUUUUUAUUAAGAUCGAGCAAAUGUUAUACAGCUUGCAGGUUGGCGUUUAUUGGGAUGAAUCUUAUCCUGGGGGCAGAGCUGAGCGGUUUUCGCUAGAUGGGCGAGCCGUAAAGUCAAAAUUGGCUAUACCGUAAAAAAUGUAUGAAAACAGAAAUGUGCUUUUUCGGCUUAAUUUAAGGUUAGGAAUUAUGUUAGCAGUGUGGAUAAGGUUAGUGUUAAAGGGUGGCUGAACUUCCUGAUUUGGCCUCAUUUUUCAGUGGCCAUGACUGAAGCCAAACAAGAGUUGUCUUGAGAGAGGGGGUGAUUUAAUGUGGGUGUCUCUUAUGUGUGUAUUGCACGUGGCAAGCAUUUGUACAUUCACUCUGCCAAGACAGUACACAGUUACAGUCACUCACCCUACUAGAUAACUUGAAACAACCUCACGUGUCUUGAAGUUGCCUAGGCUAGCCAACUUCAUUCACCAAUUAGCUUCACCGGCAUUUACAAUGUAAAUGGCCCAAUAUUUUCAUGUUGCACAUCUUAUAGUUGUCUCAUUAAAUGCUUUCAAUAUUUGUAUAUUAAUUUGUACAAUUUAUAGUUGGUUUGACAUUUUAUAGUCAUUUAAAUUUGAAGCUAUUGACCUUUUAAAAUAUUGUCCAUGUACAUUGUGUGAUUUACUGAUGGUCCCUAACUACCCCUAUAAGGAUAUUGAAUGUCAAACCAAGUUGACCAUGGGCAUUACGAUCGGGUCGUGUGCAUCUGUGCUCCGAAUUGAUGAUUACUUUGGGUGAUGCCAGCUGUGGGCAUGUGGGCAAGAUUGAAAUAAACCCAACCCAAGGAAAACUGUUACAGUACCCUUAAUUCCGUUAGAUACACAUUUUUCCUAUUAAUCUCGCAAAUCUCAGUUUUGGACAAGACUUUAUGACAAAAUGUAUCCUAUUUACACUUUGUAGCCAAUUUGACACUAGAAUAAAUGUUUCUGACUCAUAUUGAUGCCACAUAGGCCGUUUUCAAAACAAGAAGUUGCUUUUUAGGGGCAGUUACUUUUUAAGGUUAGGGUUAGGUUUAAAAUCAGAUGUUAUGACUUUAUGACUGUGCCAGCUAGUGUGACCACCCUGCAGAGCUGACUCCAGUACAUGAGUCUUCCAAAUAAAUGCAAACCUGCAUCCAGCUCGCUAAAGAAAUGCAGGUCCAUAGAAAUCACAUGUUCUAUAUGUGCAGGUCUGCCAGUAGCACUCCUCAAACAUGCGCUGCUCUGAAUGUGCUGAUGAAGAGGCAGAUUAGGGGAGAAGUACAGGCGAAUGAUCCAGCCAGUCUACUGUCUGAGUCACAGUCUGAAAAUGGGUUUGCUCUGAUAUACACUCACAGCCCCAUGGUGGACGGUAAAAUGUAGGCUUAUUCAACAGAACUGCAAUGCCAAACAGUAAUUCAAAUGUUCAGUGCGUACAGUGAUUGGAUUAUAAUGGUCAACUCUGCAUUAAAGGAUGACAUGUUUUAGAUUUCUAUUUAUUAUGGAUCCCCAUUAGCUGCUGCCUGUCUCUCUCUCUACCGCACCUGCUAUUUCAACCUCUAAAUGCCCGGCUAUGAAAAGCCAAGUGACAUUUAUUCCUGAUUGUACUGACCUGUUGCAACCUCUACAACCACUGUGAUUAUUAUUUGACCUUGCUGGUCAUCUAUGAACGUUUGAACAUCUUGGAGAAAAAUCUGGCCUUAAUGGCCAUGCAUGUUAUUAUCUCCAUCCGGCACAGCCAGAAGGGGACUGGCCACCCCUCAGAGCCUGGUUCCUCUCUAGGUUUCUUCCUAGGUUUCUGCCUUUCUAGGGAGUUUUUCCUAGCCACCGUGCUUCUACAUCUGCAUUGCUUGCUGUUUGGGGUUUUAGGCUGGGUUUCUGUAUAGCACUUUGUGACAUCUGCUGAUGUAAAAAGGGCUUUAUAAAUAAAUGUGAUUGAUUGAUUGAUUACAGAGUUUAACAGAGUUAUAAACCAGAGCAAAAACAGACAGAAAAAAAACAGUAACGUAAUCACAGAAGUCAAAGGAAAAUCAGUUACUUCACACAGUAUUAAUCACAUCAGAUACAGUGACUAUAGACUAACAAGUGUAAACUACUCAACAAACAUAGUACUAACAUGGUGUUAACAUGGUGCUAAAAUAUCAAAUCAAAUGAAAUGUUAUUUGUCACAUGUUUCGUAAACAACAGGUAUAGACUAAUAGUGAAAUGCCACUUAAGGGCUCUUCCCAACAAUGCAGUAGAACGAUAAUAACACGAGGAAUAAAUACACAAUGAGUAACAAUAACUUGGCUAUAUACCCGGGGUACCAGUACCGAGUUGAUGUGCAGGCGUACGUGGUAAUUGAGGUAGAUAUGUACAUGUAGGUAGAGGUACUAGGCAACAAGAUAGAUAAUAAGCAGUGGCAGCAGCAUAUGUGAUGAGUCAAAAGAGCAAAGGGGGUCAAUGCAGAUAGUCCGGGUAGCUAUUUGGUUAACUAUUUAGCAAUCUUAUGGCUUAGGGGUAGAGGCUGUUCAGGGUCCUGUUGGUUCCAGACUUGGUGCAUCGGUACCGCUUGCCGUGCGAUAGCAAAGAGAACAGUCUAUGGCAAUACAGUGCAUUCGGAAAGUAUAGACCCCUUCCCUUUUUCCGCAUUUUGUUACAUUACAGCCUUAUUCUGAAAUUGAUUACAUAAAUACAAAUCCUCAGCAAUUUAUACACAAUAUCCCAUAAUGACAAUGUGAAAACAGGUUUUUCAAAAUGUUUGCAAGUGUAUAAAAAAAAAAAAAGAAAUACCUUAUUUACAUAAGUAUUCAGAUAGACCCUUUGCUAUGAGACACGAAAUUGAGGUCAGGUGAAUCCUGUUUCCAUUGAUCAUCCUUGAGAUGUUUCUACAACUUGAUUGGAGUCCACCUGUGGUAAAUUAAAUUGAUUGGACAUGAUUUGGAAAGGCACACACCUGUCUAUAUAAGGUCCCACAGUUGCCAGUGCAUGUCAGAGCAAAAACCAAGUCAUGAGGUCGAAGGAAUUGUCCGUAGAGCUCUGAGAAAAGAUGCCAAGAGUGUGCAAAGCUGUCAUCAAGGCAAAAGGUGGCUACUCUGAAGAAUCUGAAAUCUAAAAUAUAUUUUGAUUUGUUUAACACUUUUUUGGUUACUACAUAAUCCCAUAUGUGUUAUUUCAUAGUUUUGAUGUCUUCACGAUUAUUCUACAAUGUAGAAAAUAGUAAAAAUAAAUAAAAAACCUUGAAUGAGUAGGUGUGUCAAAACCUUUGACUGGUACUGUAUGUUAAUGUGAUUUUUUAUUUUUUUAUUUUUAUACAUUUGCUAAAAUCUCUAAAAACCUGUUUUUGCUUUGUCAUUAUGGGGUAUUGUGUGUAGAUUGAUGAGGAAAUUUGUUUUUUAAAUCCAUUUUAGAAUAACGCUUUAACGUAACACGUAAGUGUGGAAAAAGUCAAGGGGUCUGAAUACUUUCUGAAUGCACUAACUUCUUCUGUAUAAUAAAAAACAAUUGGAGAAUACACACCAAUACAACACUAUGUGUACAUUCAGAGGGUAGCUGGUUUCUGUACUACAGUUUUACCAAGUAUUUAUACCGCUGACAGACUUUUAUGAGCUGUUUUGACUGCAACUAAGCAUAUAUCUAAGGUAGUGUUGAUUUUGUACACAAUCAUACUUAGUUAUAACCAGUUAUAACCAUAGGCGAGUACACAAGGUGCUCCAUCUAUGCAGGUGAUCUGUCUAUCAGGUCAAGAUCAUGACAACAGGUCCCCUCCACCCACUGAGGAUAUGUAUAAUUUUAUAUUAUGUUUCUAGAUUCAAAUAAAUACUUUUUUAGAUUUAACCAAAAGUAACUACUUUUCUGAGAAUACACACCAAUACAGCUCUCCGAGUUUUGUAUUGCAGUUAGAUAUCAAGUAUUUAUACCAUUUGAAGACUUUGCAUCCCAUUGGCAUAUUUUUAUAUGCACAAAAUUACCUUAUUACAGUCAUUCGAUACAUGGUAUAGAAAAGUACAAUCUUAGGCGAAUACAUUAUUAUCUGUCUAUCUGGUCAAAAUCACUGAUUCAGGUCCCCCUCCACCCUCUGGUGGUGUGGAUAACGUAUUAUGCCUUCAGAGAAACUUAGAUUCAAAUAAAAGGUCCUAUCUAUCAAAUUACUAUUGACGGAUUUAUGUAUUUUUGGCUCGGGUCAAAAUGACCCCAAAGGAAUUCAAUUGAUAAAAAGUCUAUAUUGAUACUGAAACACUAAACAAUUAUUUAGAUUGAUUAAGAACAAGUUCAUUGACAAAUGUAAGGGUUGGUGUGAGGUAUGACCCAGGUGCGGUGCAGGAUAGACAGUAGGCAGUUGGCAGAGAUGGUGAAACAAGGAUCUUUACUGGUGGUCCAGAAUCCAGGAUACAAAAUAACGGACUUAACACGGUAAAAUAAAGGUGGAGCAAAUAAGUCUCCAAAAACAGGCUGACAGCCAAAAUACCAAAUAGUAAUUGCAACUGAAAUAAUAAAGAAACAGGGAGAACACUUCUCGAGUAUCUGUACAUACUUCUCCAAUCAGACAUUGAUUAGUACUGCUGAACAUAGAGAAACUAGCAGAGAAACUGAGCAAGGGAACACAGGGAAGUGAGGGCAUGAAUACACUGGUGAACAGGUAGACACGUGAUACCAAUAGGAUCAUAAGUAGUCCAGACUGUGAGUGAGGAGGUGCCUAAGGUUGUCGGAGGAGGACACCUAGUGGAUCACUCCGGAACUGCGACCCCCUCCUGUAACAGUAACACCCCCCCCCCCCCCCCCCCCCGAAUGGCAUGACUUGGCACUCGUAAUGCCCACUGGGUGUGUUAAAAUCCGUCUUCCACUCGUCCCCCUCCCGAAUCCUCACCAGGUUGUAGGCAUUGUGGGGAGGGACCCCUCCCCACAUGCCGGCAUUCCACGAUCCGGUCCACAGUAAAAGCUGGCUGCUCUCCGACAAGGCGCAGUGGGGGAAACAGGACGAGGAGGGGGAGCCAGGGGACAGGUGGCGACAGGCUUGAGGAGGGACACAUGGUGGGGGGAAGUUGCAGGCGGUAGUUCACUGGGUUGACUCGCCGGACCACUCAGAAUGGCCCGGACGAACAGGGGCGACAGCUUCCUGGACUCCACGCAGAGGGAAAGAUCCCACGUAGAGAGCCACACACUCUGUCCCAGGCGAAAAACUGGGGUUGGGCUAUGCCUGAGGUUGGCCUGAUGUUGAGACCUGACGAGGCCCGCUUAAGCGCCGCCUGUACCUGCCUCCAGGUGCGGCGACAGCGACUGAUGUGGGCCUGGACCAAUGGGGCCACCGCCUCCUCUCUUGCUCGGUACCCGUAUUGGCACUGGAAGGGGGACAGGCCGGUGGACGAGCAGAGAAGGUUGUUGUGGUUGAACUCCGCCCACACCAGUCGCUGACUCCACGAAGCUGGGUUAAUGGAGGCGUAGCACCUCAGCACCCCCUCUAGAUCCUUGUUGAUGUGUUCCGUCUGCCCGUUCGACUGCGGAUGGAAGCCGGAAGACAAGCUGACGGAGGCGCCGAGGCAGGUGGCAAACGCCUUCCAGAACCUGGAGGCGAACUGAGGGCCCCGAUCCGACACCACAUCCUGGGGAAGGCCGUGGAGCUGAUGGAGCGCAUAUCCCCCUCAGCUGAUGGCCACCAGAACCUCCUGGCGCCCCCCGGAUGGCUAGCGAGGUCGGACGCGUGCAUCCUCUGAAGCAGUCGUGAGUGCCCCACCUUGGGUACGUACAUCCUCCCCAAUGGACCUCCUCCCAGAUCGGGCUCCCGCCAUAGCGAUGCUCUGAUCAGCCUAUCGAUUCCCCACAAAACUGGGGCAGCAAUCAGGGCGUUGGGGACAAUGGGGUCGUCCCUCUCUGCCAAGUCCACGGGGUCGAACUGCCGGAAGAGCGCGUCAGGCUUGGUGUUCUUCGACGCCGGACGAUAUGAGAUCGUGAACCGGAACCUGGAGAAGAACAACGCCCACCUGGCCUGGUGCGAGUUGAGCCUCUUGGCCCCCGAAUGUAGGCUAAGUUCUUAUGGUCAGUCCAUACGACGAAUGGAUGGGCGGCCCCCUCUUGCCAAUGCCUCCACUCCCCCAGGGCGAGCUUGACCGCUAGCAUCUCACGGUUCCCCACAUCAUAAUUCCGCUCCGCCUGGGACAGCCGACAGGAGAAAAAUGCGCAGGGGUGAGUCUUACCGUCCGUGAGGAACCGCUGGGACAGGAUUGCUCCCACCGCAACAUCUGAAGCAUCCACCUCCACAAUGAACAGCAGGGACGGAUCAGGAUGCCCUAGGACCGGGGCCGUUGUAAAAACUCUGCUUAAGUGCAUCGAAUGUGUUCCCCGCUUCCGGGGUCCAGGCGAAGGAACGCACACUCGUCUGGGUGAGGGCUGUCAGGGGAGCGGCUAGGGAGCUAAAAUUGCAAACCCUAAAAACCGUUGUAGUUGCUUGAGGGAGGAGGGCUGGGGCCAAUCCAGUACCGUGCUGACCUUGGCUGGGUCCAUCCGUAGGUCCCCCUGGGUGACAAUGAACCCCAGGAAGGAGACUGUCUCCGUGUUGAACAUGCACUUCUCCGCCUUGACGUAGAGCUGGUGACAGAGAAGGCGUUGGAGGACCUGCCGAACGUGCUGCUGGUGUUCACUCAUGUCCUUUGAAAAUAUUAGGAUGUCAUCCAAAUACACGAAGACACUGUAGUUGAGGGGGUCCCGGAGCACAUCAUUGACCAAUGCCUGGAACACCGCAGGCACGUUGGCUAGACCGAAUGGCAUGACUUGGCACUCGUAAUGCCCACUGGGUGUGUUAAAAUCCGUUUUCCACUCGUCCCCCUCCCGAAUCCUCACCAGGUUGUAGGCAUUUCGUAAGUCCAGUUUGGUGAAGACCCGGGUCCCUGCAACGACUCGAAUGCCGUCGUCAUCAGGGGGAGUGGGUAGCGGUUCUUAACCGUGAUGUCGUUGAGCGCCCGGUAAAUGCACGGCCGCUGCCCACCGUCCCUUUUCCCCAUGAAGAACAAGCAUAGAGAAACUAGCAGAGAAAACUGAGCAAGGGAACACAGGGGAAGUGAGGGCAUAAAUACACAGGUGAACAGGUAGACACAGGUGACACCAAUAGGAUCAUGAUUAGUCCAGACUGUGAGUGAGGAGGUGGCUAAAGUUGUCGGAGGAUGACACCUAGUGGGUCGCUCCGGAACUGCGACCCCAUGCUGUAACAAAAAAAAAAGUGAAGAAUUGAAUAAACCACCUUUAGGCUAUGAUCCAAAAAUAUGCCUCUGGGUUCAAAAUGACCCCAGUCGGUGGUAUGAGGGUUAAACAAUUAACAUCCCAUCAUGCUUAGGGUCAUGUAUAAAAAAUUGCCCAGUUGCCCAUUAUUUUGGCUAGAAGAAAAGAUCUCAUUGACUUUUCAAAGAGGGGUCUCAAAGUAGCAUAGUGUGUUUAAAGUGUGUGUGUGUGUGUGUGUGUGUGUGUGUGUGUGUGUGUGUGUCACCAGAUCUCAACCCAAUUGAACACUUAUGGGAGAUUCUGGAGUGGCGCCCGAGAUAGCGUUUUCCACCAAAAUAUGGAAUUUCUCGUGGAAGAAUGAUGUUGCAUCCAUACAGACACUUGUAGAAUCUAUGCCAAGACUCAUUGAAGCUGUUCUGGCAGCUCGUGGUGGCCCAAAGCCCUAUUAAGACACUUAAUGUGGUGUUUCCUUUAUUUUGGCAGUUACCUGUGACACAGGAUGGUCAUAAUGCUUCUUGACAGUGUCAUAAAGUGUAUUUUCUGCAAGUUAUUUAAUAUAUGAUGGAAAAAAACAUGACUGUAAAGAAUUCAUUACAACAACAAAGGACUUACGAAACAAACUUUCAAACGAAAGGAAACUUCUUGGCAGGGAAAAAAUACAUUUGAAUAAAUGUGAGUUUUGAUACUCUUAUGUAGGUGUCAUAACCAGCCAUAAAAUAAUGCAAUAUAUGUCACAACAGGUGUAAAUAUAUGGGUCAUGACCAUAUUAUGACAGGUUAUGAUAUGUUAUGUCAGCUGUUAUGAUAUAUUUUGACAUGGUUAUGACCGUGUCAUAGCAUAUUAUGACAGUGGGUGUCAUGUAAAGUGUUACCAUUAAUACAAAACAGCAGCAGAUAACAUAAACCAAAUAAUCGAUCAAAUAAUGUCCCACUACAACUAGUCCCAAAUGUCCAGAUUGUUUAUUUGUUCUUACUCCUUUAAAUGAAUCCAUGGAUAACAACUUGGGUCCUGAAUCCCCCCAUAAGACAUCAGAGCCGAACACAGACCAGAGCAGAGCACUAGUGGACUGUGUCUCCACAGCUGUGAGAGGCUCUACCAACGCUGGCCUCUGCUCCUCUUACCUCCCAUCCACCAUCCCCCACGCAGUUCUGCUUUGCAAACACUUAAAAUGGAGUGAGGGAGGUGCUGAUCAGCAAUGCCCUCCCCCGUGAUUCACAAUGUUCAGCCAUGGAUAAAAAAUGUAUUACGUUAUUUCCUUUUUAUGGGGCAGCUUGUAGUGAAUCAGAAUAGGUCAGAUAGGCUGGUGUUAUGACAUUCUGUUUUAAAGGUUGACGUGAUGGCCAUGUUUAAACUAGCACUGCAGAAAAUCAACAAACGAGUGUCUUGGUUGCUUGGUCGGGUGAACCAUGGUGGUUGUGGUUGUGUGCGUGUGCGUGAGCGUGUGCGUGGAGGAGGAUGUUGAUGAUUUAGGAUUAGCCUUUGUCCUCUGGGUUUUUAUAGGUCAGUAGGGCCUUAAUAAAGCCAUCCUACCAACAGAUACAUGUAUUAAUAAUUGACUUGUCUAAUGUGCAUCGUAACUAAUGAUAGUGAUACACCAUAAACAUGUCUUAUAUGCUUUAGGCUUACAGUAUAUGUUCUAUUAGACAUACAUCGUACACAUACACAACAACUUUGGUGAGGAGUAAAGCUUUGUCAUCUAUUUUACGGCGUCAGUUGUGUCCUUCACAAAUAAUUUCUGUCUCUUCAUAAAGGACAUACAGCAAGGACAAACUGACAGAAGUAUUUUAACCUCAGAGAAGUAAAGAGCGUUUGACAUGAACAUCUAGAGUAGACCACCAGGGACGCGUGGAGCAGUAACUGUUGAUUAUUAGUGCUCUUUAUUAACUUUAGGCAGGGAAUACUGCCGGCAGAUUGUGAAUGUUUCCCGACGGCGGUUACAUUAACCCUAACCUUAACCCUACACUUAACCAAGUUCGAUCUGUAGGUCUAACAAAGUCUCCUUGACAUUACUUUACAGAUGUACAUCCAGACAACCACGCUGACCAUUUCAGUGAGCCUGAGUGCGUCUGUCUCUCUGGGGAUGCUGUACAUGCCCAAAGUCUACGUGAUCCUCAGGCACCCGGAGCAGAACGUGCCCAAACGCACACGCAGCCUCAAGGCCGUGGUCACAGCUGCCACCAUGUCCAACAAGUUCAACCCCAAGGCCAGCCUACGUCCCAACGGAGAAGCCAAGUCCGAGUUGUGUGAGAGCCUGGAAACACAAGGUGAGUUAUAAGGUGAAGACUUAUAUAUGCUAUAUAUACUGAACAAAAAUAUAAAUGCAACAUGAAAUAAUUUCUAAGAUUUUACUGAGUUACAGUUCAUAUGAGGAAAUCAGUCAAUUGAAAUAAAUUCAUUAGACCCUAAUCUAUGGAUUUCACAUGACUGGGAAUACAGAUAUGCCUCUGUUGGUCACAGAUACCUUAAAAGAAAUGGGCCUCAAAAUGGGCCUCAGGAUCUCGUCAUGGUAUUUCUGUGCAUUCAAAUUGCCAUUGAUAAAAUGCAAUUGUGUUAGUUGUCCGUAGCUUGUGCCAGCCCAUACCUUAACCCCAAUGCCACCAUGGAGCACUCUUUUCACAACAUUGACAUCAGUAAACUGCUCACCCACACAACGCCAUACACGUGGUCUGCGGUUGUGAGGCCGGUUGGAUGUACUGCCGAAUUCUCUAAAACAACGUCGGAGGCGGCUUAUGGUAGAGAAAUGAAUUUUCAAUUCGAUACAUUGGUUUAAGAGGUAGAAGGUGGAAAGCAAAGUAUCCAAAUAAUUAUUUACUGGCCAUCUUCCGCCGUUGUUAUUUGACACUUCAAUGGGUGCAGGAAUGUUUUAUUUUAUGUCAGUUUGUGAGUUGGGGAAGGCAUUAAAACAUUCCCUGAUAGGCUCAAAUUCUCCACUGUGUGUGGAGAUCACUAAGGAGGGCAUCAGUACCAGGAGCGGUGCAUAGUGCUACUUCACCAGCUACCUCAACGCCAUACACAAUAAACCUAUUGUAUUGUAUUGUAUUGAAUGUAUGUGAUCCAUUUCAAUGCUUGUUAUACAGCGUCUACAACAACCAUGUUUUAUUUUCAAUUUCAAUAUCACAGAAAAACAAUGCUCAAUAUGCUGUGCAGGUAUAUUUUUCAGCAGUUUGGCUCAGAUUUGUGGCAGUGUUCAAAGCCCGGUGUAAUUAUUUGAGAGGUAAAUCAGUUUCCUUUCUGAACCAGCUGAACCUCUCUCUGCCUGAGUCCAUCUCCCUCUAA